CAAAUUCAAAAACAGUGCGUACGACAGACUUACCUGGCAACUUCGACGGCUAAUUUCGAGAUUUUACUUAUCGACAUAUUCGCGCGAAGUUUAUAAUACUCUAACUUUGUAUAAUUGGGCUUAAAAGAAGUCUUAGUUAAAAAUCACUCGACAUCCAUCAUCGUCGUGGCCAUUACUCGCGACCGACUCCUUUUUUCUGCCGUCAGCUUUUUGAGGUUAAGUCGUGUUGUUUUGGUGCGCACUGCGCGCGCGCGCGGCUAGAGAUUUUUUCUGGCCUUGGAUAGACGGAGAAAAAGCUCUAGGGAGCGUUGCACUAUACUAGGGAUCUUUGUCAGCCGGCCAAAGUUCAAUGUCUGCAGUACGUACUGCCCACGUGAUGAUGAUACUUAUAAAUUAUACACGAACACGAGAUAUAAGUCGUUCGGUCUGGAGUCUCAGUUGAGCUACAGAAGCGAGUCCGAGAAGAGCUGAGAGAUACCUGCGAACGCAGUCGUUCUAGAACUUUCGCACAAACUUUGCCAAAAUGCUGAAGGGAGUCGUAACCUUGGUCACUGGAGGAGCCUCUGGACUGGGUAGGGGAACCGUGGAGAGAUUUAUCAAGCAAGGAGGAAAAGUUGUUAUCGGAGACCUUCCCAGUUCGAAGGGAAAUGAUCUUGCAAAGGAACUUGGUGACUCAGCAGUUUUUGUGCCCCUUGAUGUCACCUCAGAGAAGGACGUCCAGCUCGCCGUGUCCACGGCCAAGGAAAAGUUCGGCCGUCUGGACGUGUUGGUGAAUGCAGCUGGUAUCGCGGUUGCACACAAGACCUUUAACUCCAACAAGAUGAUGGCUCACUCACUCGAGGAUUUCGAGAGGGUGCUCAAGGUCAACACGCUCGGCACCUUCAACGCUAUCCGUCUGUCGGCCGGUGCGAUGGUGGAGAAUGAGCCGAACGUUGAUGGCCAGCGCGGUGUCAUCAUCAAUACCGCCAGUGUGGCCGCUUUCGACGGUCAGAUCGGUCAGGCGGCUUACUCCGCCAGCAAGGGUGCCGUCGUCGGCAUGACUCUGCCCAUCGCUCGUGAUUUGUCUCGCGACGGAAUUCGUGUGGUGACAAUCGCGCCAGGUCUGUUCGACACGCCGAUGCUGGCCUCGCUGCCCGAGAAGGUACGCAACUUUUUGGCAAAAAGCAUCCCGUUCCCUCAGCGACUAGGCAAGGCCGAGGAGUAUGCCCAGCUCGCCCAGAGCAUCGUCGAGAACCCGCUGCUCAACGGCGAGACCAUAAGACUGGAUGGAGCUCUACGCAUGCAGCCUUAGAGCAUUUAACUCGCUUUUCUUUUCAAUCAAGGGUAUUAAAGUCGAUGCACUAGUGUAGAUGACAUUUUUGCCGUUUGAAUUUUUCAACGUUUUUUUUUUCUAUAAGAGGUGGCAUGUACAUAACGUGGAAUCGAUUGUUAAUGGAUUUUUUUAAUGAUUUUUUUUUAUAUAAAUACUCGGUGGGCUUGUGAAGCUGCCGUAUUUUUUUAACUUUUACGUUUAAUACAAGAAGGGAUAGAAAAGUCACAAAUAUAAUAAAAAACAAAAUAAGAUGGAACAACAACGUAAAGUCUUACGCCCACAGUGCAAUGUCGUUGAAUGAAUAAAUAAACAGAUAUUUUUGUACACGCAA